AGUGUAAAUAAAAACUUCAACCGUCAGCAAAACUGCUGCAGAAGUGAAAAAAUCAACGCUUUUUUCUCCUUGAUUCGUUCGCUGCAAGCGGAGGAAUGGUCGCGGCGGUGGCAACAAGAGUGAGCUAACUGUGGCUGGAAGUGGAAGCAAAACAUACGAAAACGGGUGCGUCGCGGAGAACAUCUCAAACAUUAUCGAAGUAAUCAAAACGCCGUGCCCGUCUGCGAAACGGUCGAUAUCCGAAGUGGCUUUUCGAUCAAGAAUUAAGUGCCAAAAAGGGGUAGUGCACUCGAAAUUCGGUUUGGUGUACGGUGCUUUGGAAGCGAUAAUUCAAUUCUCGAGCCGUUUUGUGCGUCACCCAUUUUUGUUUUUCUUCACUUCAUUGCUAGCGGAUUUGGUCUGGCGCUGCUGUGGAGCGCUGGGGCUACGGAUAUUAAGAAGUGCUGCUGAGGGGGGAGAAGUUCCUUCUGUCAUUGGUUCGUGUGUAGCAUUAAUUGAAAAUUAUUGUUCUCUCGUGUGCCGUCUCAAGAAGAGUGCAAUGUUUAGUGCUUAAUGCUAUCCGAUAUUAAUUAGGAAACGUAACGCUGUCUGUUUGGCUUGUCGCAAUAGUGAAAACAGGGAGUUUUUGUUCAUCAGCCUGCUAAACAUCCGACAAUACCUUGAAGGGAGCAUAAUGUCUUCUCUUUCAGCUAGCGCUGAAAAUCUGUCCAGCGAUCAGAAUAACGAUGGAUCAUCCAUGUGCCUGGAACUGGCUCUGGAGGGUGAACGAUUGUGCAAAUCCGGCGAUUGCCGUGCAGGGGUGGCCUUCUUCCAGGCUGCUAUCCAGGCCGGGACCGAUGACCUGCGAACGCUCAGUGCCAUAUACAGUCAGUUGGGGAAUGCAUAUUUUUAUCUGGGCGACUACACCAAAGCGAUGCAAUACCACAAACAUGACCUCACACUGGCACGGUCGAUGAACGAUAAAUUGGGCGAGGCAAAGUCCUCCGGUAAUCUGGGCAAUACACUCAAGGUGAUGGGCCGAUUCGACGAGGCCGCCAUAUUCUGCCAGCGACACUUGGCUAUUGCACAAUCGCUUGGCGAUCGUCUUUCAGAGGGCCGCGCUCUCUAUAAUUUAGGAAAUGUGUACCACGCCAAAGGCAAACAGUUGGGACAGAAAGAUCCCGGAGAUGUUUCUGACAAGGUGAAGGAAUCGCUCAUGCAGGCCGUCGAAUACUACCAGCAAAAUCUGACACUCAUGAAGGAGCUGGGUGACCGAGGAGCGCAGGGUCGGGCCUGCGGAAACCUAGGAAAUACUUACUACCUUUUGGGAAACUUUGAAACUGCCAUCGAACAUCAUCAGGAGAGACUACGGAUUGCACGGGAAUUUGGCGACAAAGCAGCCGAACGGCGGGCAAACAGCAAUCUAGGGAAUUCGCACAUUUUUCUCGGACAGUUCGAACAAGCUGCCAAUCACUACAAGCGCACCCUAUCGCUGGCAAUGGAAUUGGGCGAACGAGCCGUGGAAGCACAGGCAUGCUAUAGUCUGGGAAACACUUACACUUUACUAAGGGACUUCCCCACCGCCAUCGACUAUCAUCAGCGGCAUUUGGCGAUAGCUCAAGAGCUGGGAGAUCGCAUCGGGGAAGCUCGCGCUUGUUGGAGCCUUGGCAAUGCUCACUCGUCCAUUGGGAACCACGAAAAAGCUCUUCACUACGCCAACUCUCACUACAUAUUGGCCAAAGAGCUCGGAGAUGUGGUCGGUGAAAAUACGGCUAAAAUGAACAUAUCGGACCUUAGGAAGAUACUCGGACUCACGGAACUGCCCAUGGAGGGCAGCUCGGGGAUGCCAAUUGAGAAUGAUACUCUCCAGGAGCUGCCUAGCAACCAAAAUACUCAGCACGGCGGGGCCGUUGCUUUGAAAUCUGGAUCUAGUUUACUGUCCAAACAGUAUCGGGUGCGGCGGCAAAGCAUGGAACAGCUAGAUUUGAUCAAGCUGACGCCGGAUGGGAAGAAAAUGGUAAAUGCUGCACACGAAAAGCAACACUUGAUUGGACAACAGCCACAGCAGCAACAGGCCCAUAAGGUGAGCCACAAGCAGAACGAGAACAUUUUCAAAAACAACGACGAAGAUUUCUUUGAACUGCUGACGCGAUCCCAAAGCAAACGGAUGGACGAUCAGCGCUGCACUUUGAAGUUGACUCACGCCGAAAGUGUCGACUCGGCUAGGAAACCGUUGACGCAGCAUAACAGCAAUGCAGCUACAGCAGCAGCCAAGGACAAUAGAAACGCCCUGCUGGAGAUGAUAGCCGAUUUCCAAUCGGAACGCAUGGACGAACAACGAGCUUUGUUACCGGGGCUGAAACGAAUAUCACUUAACAACGCAACGAACCGUCCGGGUACGAAUGCCGGUGCUGACGGUCUACCAUCAGCGCAGCAGCCGCCCCAACUCCCGCCGUCAUCGGACGGAAUCGGCACACCACCGGACGAUGCAUUCCUUGAUAUGCUGAUGCGAUGUCAGGGUUCGAGAAUCGAAGAACAGCGCUCGGAGCUGCCGACGCCGAACAUCACCAUGGACGCUGAAGCUGGUGGAGACCGAAGGGCGCCUGCGGUUGGCAAUCCCAAUAGCGGAGCUACAGUUCCGGAUGAAGAUUUCUUCUCGCUGAUCAUGCGCCUCCAGGGUGGCCGAAUGGAAGACCAACGAGCUACGGUACCUUUGCAUAAUAACAAUAACAACAGUCGCAUCAACAACAACAAUCAAAACCACAACAAUAGUAAUAAUAACAACGGUAGUGUGGCCGGGGCUGUUGGGGGCGGAAGCAGCAAUAGUAGCUCCAGCAGUAGUAGUAAUGGAUCCAAUUCGAACAAUAGUCAAAACCAAAGUUCAAAUGGCGGAGGGAAGGGACUCAAAUGAUUUUACUCCUUAGAUAUGUAAGUUCACGGCUUCGAUUGUGAGUUGUUGAUAAUUAUUGUGUAUGAAAAGCUGAACCUGAAGCAAUCGCGCUUACCGGAAUCCGUUUUAGUGUGCUUCCUCUCAGCUAGAACCUUUGUAGCAGGAGUUGAAGCACUCCUUGAGGAACAGGAUGUGUGCUUACAAUAUUAUAUUAGCGGUAGGCUAUAUACAAUCUACAAUUAAGACUAGGGAUACACACCACGUCGAUAUCAAAAAGCGAUACUUAGAAAUCGAUCCGCGCCAUAUUUUCUGUCACUUCUGCACUCUGAAUGUUUGUGUGUGCGUGUGUUUGUUUCCUCGAAACAAUAUGUUUGUUCUAGUGAUUUUGUGCUAAGUUGAACUGCAGCUAAAGCGAGAGUAUCCCUCCGAUGUGAAUUUGUGAAUAUUUCUACUAGAUUUUUAAUAUACAUUCGUCGCAUGCAAUUUCAGACCUUUUGUAAAUAGUAAUAUUUUAGUCCCCAAAUAGAUAUCGUCUUCUAUAUAUAUUUUUUACCGAGAUUUAUUUUUCUAUACAUACAUCGAAUUAUUUUACGGUGAAUCUUUUAACAAUAGAAGAAUCGAACAAAUACAAAACGUAAGACUCAAAUCAACCUCUUGAUAGUUUUUUGAGAAUGCAUCAUACUAAUACUUUUUCCCAUCCUGAAUGUUAGAUGGUGGUACUGGUCGUCGAAAUUGAGGCUAUUUUUUAAAUUAGCUUUUUAAAUGAAUUUUCCAACGGAUUGACUUCAACCAGUUUCAUCAUGAAUCUAAACAAAUAACUAGAAUGACCAAAAUUACUAUUAAAUAAACAGCGAUAAAGCUGGAAUUUCCAUGAAUAUGAUAAAUAUUGCUAAAAUUUAAAAUAUGCUUAGAAUAUGAAAAAUUAGACAUUUAUUCAAGUGAUAAAAAAAUGGGAGCUUUGCCGAUUUUAUUUUUGAUUUUGUCUCUUGUUAUUUACAACAACAAAAAUGUUUUGUGGUGAUGGUUUGACUAAACUUUUUUUUUCGCAUUCCAAUAGUAUAAUUCACGUAAUUUUUACGACAUAAUUUGCUAUUUUUGAAAAGUGUAGGUACUGCAUAUGUUAUCAUACCAAUUCUUAAAUCUCAGCAGAUGGAAAUAUUAUAUACUAUUAUUGGGGAAGAUCCACAAAGUACGAUGGAUGCCCCCCCCCCUUGCAUCGCCUGACUUUACAGCAGUAUGAACUGUAUUGUCGUUUGCUAAUUUGUCUAUGAUAUGCUCUAAAUCAUCGAGUUUUUAUGCGCGACAAACUCGCUUGCGAUUCUGUAGAUAAACAGAAGAAGUGUGACGGACUAUAUAGACCACCCCUUGAAAUGUUUUUUGUAGAACAUUUGAGCGAAUAAUAUUCAUUGAACUCGUCGAUUUCCUACUUGAUUCUACUUGUUUAAAUGGGAAUGCCUACCAGAAGUAGAGGCAAUGAGCUAUUGAGGAGUAUUGUCGCUGUUCUCACUGGUAGGUGGUGGAACAUUUGCUGACGACGCCGAAGCAUAAACCCUAAGUUUUGACAGUUGAGGGGGUCAAAGCAAAGGAGUGUAAGUGACAAAAACCUAGUUUCGAGAAAAAUAAGUGCAAAGUUUUUCUAUAUUUUUUCAUUUCAUACAACUUGUAUGAAAGUUCAAAAAAUACUAAUUUUCAGCGAAUUUUCACAUUUUUUAUAAACAACGUACAAACUACAUAUUGCCGCAAAACAUUUUUGCUAUAGGGGUGAUCGGGGCAAUAUGGGCCACCUAAGGAAAUCGUUCCAAAAAGCGCUGAAAACCUCAACAAAUCAUGAUUCAAAUGUAGUUGACUUAUACUAGGGAGUGUUACCUUUCAUAGUACGUCGAUGAAUGGUGAAAAAUGUGUUUGGAAAUUGUUGUAAUGCACUUUUGAAAAUGUAUUGAUUUCAAUGUGUGUUCCCGACUAUACGGGGCAAUAUGAGCCACCAUUUGGGGCAGUAUGGGCCACCCAUCCAAAUCGUUUUUUUAGAGAGAAAAGUGUGGUAAUCUGGAAGAAUAUGAUAUUCCUACAACAGUUUAGAGUAUUCCAUACCAAAUAAAAAUAAUAAACCGCACAACAGCGGGCCGAACCGAUUUGCCACUCUUCACCGUUUGAAUAGCCAUAUUUCCAUUGAUCAAUAGUCAUUUUUCUGUUUCGAUCGCAGUAAUGCGGUGUUGUAUUUUUUCCGUAAUGAAGCUUAUAUAGAUGAUAAUAUUCUUGUAUUUGGCAACUGAAAUUUGAACUUGUUCGCUUAUUCAGGCCUGAUACCUUGCUCUGUGCAGGUAUGCCCAUAUUGCCCCAUAGAGACUGGUUUGGAAAAAAAAAAAUUUGAUUAAUUCAUAUUUGUAUCAGGACAAACAUGUGUGCACAAUAUUCAAUUAUAAUAGAUCUUUUGAUUGUGAUGUAUUUUUGACCUGUAUUUCAAUUAGUUUUGUGUCGAAACCUUAUUUAUAAACUUCAAAUCUUAUAAUAAUUUUGCACAUGCUGCGAAAAUGUACAUUUUCAAGUGUAUUUUCAUGUUUGAAUUGAAUUUUAAUGCGGUUUUCACGUUGAGGCAUAUGUGGAGCAUUCUCCUAAAGAUCAUAUAACUUUUACAUGGUAAAACUUGUCAAUAAGCUCAAAAAGAGAGUGGCUCAUAUUGCCCCUACUGCCCCUAAUCAACUCAAAUUCGACCAAAAUGUCACUUACACCCCUCUGCUUCUAACCCCCUCAUUUGUGUAACCAAGAUGUUUGCGAAUAUGUGCAAUAGAAUUCCCAGCGAAAAUCUUCCUGUGUAGCUUAAUUAUUACCUCUAUUCAAAUAGCAUUCGUUUAAAAGUGCAUUCAUACGAGAUCAUCGCCAUUAUGUGCUUCAAAAUAGCAAAUAAUGGUUUAGGCGUAAUAUAAACACAUGUUGGUGACAAUUGAAAUGUACUCAAUGAAUAGAAACAAUAAAUUUGAUAUUUUCUUUAUUUGCACUUUAAAAAUUUGUUAUUAUUCAAAUCAUGACCAGCAAGCAGGGUUGGAAUUUUUGUUCCGCAAUUUUUCAUAUAGGUUAUUGAUCAGAUCCUAAGCAUUCCAGUGGGACUUAUUUUCGACUAAUAAUAUUCAUAGCAAAACCUGCAUCAUUGGGUAAAAUGACUAAUAGUGGACCCCCAACCAAUAGCCCUUCAUACAUUUUUGCAUGAUUACAGCACAAUGUAAACAUUUUGCUAUGAAAUUUCAUCGGGAGAACCUACCUUACAGUCCUAUUAUUUAACUACAUGCAUUGGAAAUGCUAUGGAAAGUUAAAUUACACCCAGGUUUUUUUUUACGCGGUUGAAAUUCGUUAAUUUCCUGGUUAACCUAAACUUUUGCAGCUUUUUAAAUACCCCAUGAAUUUUCUUUGAUUUUUUGUGAUUUUUUUCGUGGGGCUAACUCAUUGUUUUGUUGACGAAGGUCUCAAACGACGAAAACCAAACCGUGUAAAAAAAAACCUGGGUGUAGAUGAUUUUUUACAAUUUUGUAAAAAAAAACACACGAGAGUGUCAAUUAUAGGAUUAUUUUGGGAGGUCCAUAAUAGGGAAGAAGAACGUCCCGAAACGGAAUAUCAAAAUCAAAUGAAGUGUCGACUACAGGGAAGCAAUUUCCUAUCAUGGACCCCCAGGGGGUCUGCUAUAGGACGAAUUCAGUCAAACAUUGAAAUGUUAAUUUCAACGAACAGAACUUGUUAUUAGAUAUCAAACGGAAUUAAUAUGUUGAAAAUUUCUACUCCUUAUGGCAAGAAGAGCAAAAUUCCGCUUCUAGGGAGUCCACUUUUGGGCAUUUUACCCUAGUAUAAUUUUAUCGUAUAGUUUAGUCGUUUGACAAAAUCUAUUGCAUUUUAAGCUAAAAAUAAUAUAAAAUAAAACAUGGAAAGCUUUCGUUCCCCAAAGCUGCACACCUAUUGCUGCUAGCAGUGUCAAAUCUUCCAAUAUAUUUAAUGAACUCUUAGAUUGAAUAACAAAUAUUAAAAUUAAAAACAGCAUAUACACAAUACUAAAUUAUUAACACUAAUUAAGGGGACAAAAAUUAUGCCACUCUUAAAGAAUGAAGACAGAAGUAAAAUUUAAAGUACACAAUAUAUGAGAUGUUUGAGAACCUCAAACAUAAAAAAAAGCUAAUUCGGAUAUUAUUUUCUAUGUACAACCAAACAAAGUCACAAACUGCUGAUGGGUUCAGAACCAUCAAGUAUUUACAGCGUGCAUUUAAUGUGAUUCCUAUACAACCACAAAUUCCAUUUUGAUAGUUUUCGUUUUCUUUUUCAAUGUUAUGUGUGAAUUUCAUGUAUGUAAACCUUCCUAUUUGUGAUAUUGCUCCAUUGUUGACAUCUGGAAUCGAAAACAAAAAUAUACGAUUUAGGAAAUGUUCAGAUUAGUCUAUUUUUGUUCGAAAGUUUGAUAUUGCUCUAGAUGAAGAACGCACGAAACUGGGGCAUGUGAAAAAAAAGCAGUUGGAAAUUCAAAUAAUGUUUUACCUUUCUGCAAAUUCUUGUUAUGUCCAAUCCAAAACAGUCUGAUUAACGCAAAUAAAAAAUGGUAUAAGUCAUGAAGAA